AUGAAAAAUACGAAGACUUAACCCGGGAAUAAAUUUUAGUAAAAUCUAUCAAAAUUAUUCGAAAACCUCUAAUAUCUAGAAGCUAGAAUGAUAAAUUCCUGCUACAUUGUAUAAGCAAUUAAAUUAUAAGAAUUACUUAGCACCAUCAAAUAUUUUGCCCAAUUAUUUCAAUCAAAGUAAUAACUAAUUUAUGAUAUUGCCGACGCUCUUCAAUAUAAGUUUGUUCAUCAAAAUGAAAUAAUCUUUAAGUAAGGUGACUAAGGUGAUAUGUUCUACAUAGUGCUCUAAGGAACUGUUUCAAUUUAAAUAAAUAUUCCAUAAGAGGAUGUAUUUGUGCCAAAAGAGGUGGCCACAAUAACAGAAGGGGGUUCUUUUGGAGAAUUGGCAUUGUAAAGUAGUUAAGCAAGGACGGCCACAAGCAUUUCAGUUACUGAUUGUCAUUUUGCUACAAUUGAUAAAACAACUUAUAAGCAAUUAAUUGGAGAUUAUAAUAAAAAUCAGUUAGAUUAAAAAAUAGCGUUUCUUUCAAAAUACCCUUGGUUUUAACAAUGGUCAUUGAGAGAAAUGAAGAUGUUAGCUUAUGAACUGAAUGAAAAACUAUAUGAUUAUGGAGACAAGAUAAUUUUGAAAAAUCACAUAGGGAUGAUCAAUAAUGGAUAGGUUGAAUUGAAAAGAGUGAUAGAGAAGAGAGGGAUUCAAGAUCAUCCAAUGAAGAUUUCAAAGUUGAUGAAACAUCAAUUAUCGGUUGAAAUCUUGGAUGAAUAAAAAAUAAUAGGAGAAUUAAACUUUUUGGAUGAGGAAGGGAACUUAAAGUUUAUGAUCAAUAAAUAUAAUAAGCCAUACGUGAAGAGUGCAGCAGAACCAGAAACCAAAGAAUUUAUUCAAGCAAGCUAAAAAAACAAAGGGAUUUAUGAAGCUGUCUGUUAUUCGAAUCAUGUCAGUAUCUAUUUUCUAAAAGUAAGCACUAUUGAAGAUAGAUUUUAUGACUAAUUAACUAGAUAGUUGUUUUAAAUUGAAAUUAAGAAGCUAUUAAAUGUACGAAUCAAGAAGGCACACAAUCUUCAACAAGAAUAUGACAAGCAAUUUCAAGAGAGUUUAGAGGAACAACAAGUUAAGAUGAGAAUCUCUGGGUUUUAAAGUCGAAAGAUUACUCCUGUCAAGAUUGGGACCAUCAUUAGAAGUUAGAACAAUGAGGAAUGGGUCUAAGAUAGUCAAUAUCAGAAGAAAUUUGAGAAGAACCUCCCUCAUGGUGUUUAGUAUAGAUACUCCAGAAUCUAUGACUUAGAAGAGAAAUCAUAAUACAUAAAAGUGUUAGAAGACAGAUAUAAUAAAUUGAAGACGGAGGAAAACGAAGCUUAGGACAAUUUAAGAAUGACUUUUACCUAGAUGAAUUGUAGUUAUUACAGAUUGAAAAGUCACUUUGAGAGAUAAAAAUUCAAUAAGUUAUUUUUUUAAGCAUACUUAAAAAAAAAAAAUGAAUAAAAAUGA